AUGUCACCUAAUUUGAAGCUUGAAGAAACUUAUCUCGUCAAUCUUCCAGCUGAACUACUGCUCGGAAUCCUCGAGGAUCCAAUCCUUUCUUUAGACGACCUCUACCACGUUUCCCUUGUCUCUCGUCGACUUCACACAUGCGCCUUGUCCAUAUUUCUCUCCCGAAAGGGCAUCCCCAAUCCAGAGAAGUCAAUCACCUUAGACCGCGUCGUGUGGAAUCCCCAUUUCCCCAAGAGCAAACACCCACGAGACGCUCUUGCAGGUCUCAAUAUCGCGACCUUCCUGACGGGAAAACGCGUCGACCAUCUCACAUGCUAUUUCCAAUACCCUAAUUCAGGCUACAACAUCCUCCAGCGGCCCGACAUGCUCUACGUCGGAGUUGAGCGCCUUUCAAGAUUUGUUCAGCGGCUUGGGAGCCUUGGAACCGUCAAGGUGUAUCUUCUCUCUGAGCGACAUUUCCUCAAACGGGACAAGGAAAUGGAGCCCAGCCCGAUUCACCAAUGGCAUAAUUGGGCCAAUGCCUUCAGUGAACUCUUGAAUCUCAUCGUCGAGAAGCGGAGCACGGACAUCACAAUCCAGUAUGACGGCCCAAACGCUGCACUGCCCGCGGUAUAUGGUUCCCGCGAGAAGAGCACGCUCUUCUCCAAAUUAAAGGAGAUGGUCGUGCGGAAGAGUGCUGUAGAGAGGGCCCUGACUAGACCAGGGUGGGAGAACACGAUACCGGUCAAUGAACCACGGUUCCCCAGGCUGUCACCAAAGGCGGCGAGUGGUCGCAACCUCACGACUUUGUGCGUUCACUCAAUGACGCUCAUCAACACAUCCUUCCUUCAGUGGACCCUACAGCUCCUGGAGCACAGCCCGCAACUCACCUCACUGAGCUUCGCCCAUCUCACGUUCAACUCCUACGAUCGCGGGGAGGUCAUCCUCAGCCUCUUUGCGGACGUUCUCUGGAACAAGAGCAUCACCGAUUUCACGGUGCUUCAGUCGUGCUGGAGCCUGUCGACGGAGGCACUAUUGAAAUUCAUUAAUCGCCUGGAGCACCUCGUCAAGCUGAUCAUCGACCGCACCUUCCAAGUCCGGAUCAAAUACGAGCCAACGGGCCUCCUGGACGGUUUCUUUGCAAAGGACGCGUAUCCAGUUCCACCUCUAAGGCACUUGCAGGUCCUCGAGGCGCCGGACGAGCUCGUCCUUCACCUGCUGAGAGGACAAGGUCGUACGAGCAACCCCCAUCCACUCCCACAACUUCGACAUCUCCUUGUUUAUCCGUCGUCCCUCUUGGUCGACCCAGAAGCAUACCGGACAUCGAUCGAAAGUUGGCGACAUUUGCUGCAGCAAGUAGAGAAUCCACCCCGCCUUCAUCCACUCUCCUUCGCCCUCGACAUGCAAGCCGACUUCCCACUGAAAUACACCGGGGUCGAGGCGUAUUUGGAGUCGAGGAUAAUGUCCACAGAAGAUGUCGACGAGUUGCUGGCCGGAUCUGCUUUUGAGAAGAUAUCAGAAGCGAUCUUCUACCACCUCGACGCAAGCUACGCACAGGAGAACCCUACUAUGUUUUGCCAGUGGCUCAAACUCCUCUUUCCCGAUCUUCGUGAGGUCAGAUUUACGUGCACCUUGACAACGCUGCCUGAGCAGGUCCUGGAGAUGUCAGACAGAACCAUCAAGGCAUUGCAGAGAGAGCUUAGGGUGAAGUGUCCUGGUGUGAAUAGACUGAUGGUAGAGAGGAGGGUGUUCAGUAAGGAUCUGAAUAAUGAAUGGACCUGA